AUGAAGGAGCUCUGGUUCCUGAGAAAUGAAUGUAUGUUUGACAAAGGAAAAUGUGAUCUGAAUAUCACUAAGAAGAAGAUAAUGAAAGCCAUAUCGGACAUUGAUAUAAGAAUGAAACCAAAUAUGUGGAACAAUCAAUAUGAUUUACAGUUACUAAAGAAAUUUGGAUUGAAGACAAGAAGGGUGAAGAGUAUUAUAAUCAAAGAAGUUUUCUUCCAACUGCCAAGUCAGGGUAAAUUAUUGCUAUGCUGUGAUGGAGCUUCUAGAGGAAACCCAUAUAUUGCUGAUUAUGGUAUAGUGGUGAGAAAUCACACUGGUGAAUUUGUGAUUGCAAUUUCAGGUGGACUGGGCAUAUCUAAUAAUUUCGAUGCAGAGGUUUUUGCAAUACUAAUUGCAGGAGAAUGGGCAGUUCAUAAUGGAUUCCAUGAUGAACUUGUCUUCAGAACAAAUUAUAAAGCAGAUAUCAAUGCAUUCCAAAGUCGGAAACUUCCUUGGUUUGCAAUAACAAGAUGGGAAAAGAUUUGUGCAACAGUGUUUUCUUGGAGCUUUACUCAUAGUUACGGAGAAGUGAAUUUCUCUGCUGACAAAAUGGCAAAAAGGGGAGUUGCACUUAGUAGAGGGGAAAAAAGAAUUCUUGAUAGUAAACCAUCUUUCUUGGGAUGGCCUUCCUGCUGCUUUGUGCGUGAGGAUUCUGGGUCUUAUCUCACUGUUGGUGAUGGCCUGGUAGUAGUGGAGUGGUGCAAGAGGCUCCUCAAGCUGCUGCUCUAUACUGGUGGUAAUGGAGUGCUGAUGGUGAUGGAACUCGAGCUGGUGGAGUUGUGA